UCGUUGCAGUUUAAGUUGAAGCCUGCAGCAGUUUUGGGGAGGGAGUGCUCAAUAUUCCAACAAUGGGGGACAUCGAGGCGCCCGACUCGAGCCGGCCGCGCCAGUCCGUCCUGAUGUCGGUUCUUCCCAGCAAAGAGUUCGCUACUUCAAGGAAAGGAAUGCUGCUGAUUGCUGAAGGGGCACUUUCCUUCAUAUCCUUUGUGUGUUUUGCUGCAUCAGCAGCAGCAGCCUUUGUGACAGUCCCCCUGCUGGCGUUCCUGGCUUCUAUUUUCUUCUUGUUUGCCUACUCUACCAAAUUCAAUGAGAGGUUUAAGGGCUUCUGCUUUCCUCUGAUGGACUUCAUUAGGUGUGUGACAUCCUCCAUUAUCUUUUUCAUCAUCUCCAUAAUGGCAGUGUCCAAAUAUACAGAUGGUUCCUCUAAAGCUGCGGGGAUCUUUGGGUUUAUCGCCACUGUUGUUUUCGCUUUGGACUUUUAUGUCAUUUUCAAUGAGCUUGCUGGAUUUCUAAAGCAAGGAGGAGAGUCCAGUGAGGAGCCUGCUGGACAGAGAGAUGACUUUUCAGAUUCAGACUCAGAUUGAAGCUCAUAAGGAGAUGUGUUCGAUACAAGGAAGUGACCACUGCACUGAGAAGGCACUCAGAAGGCCUGCAGGAAUUUCAUCACUUCACAAUGUUUCAUUGGUACAUGAAAAGCAUAAAUCCUGACAAGAUUGUAGGAGCUUCAGUAACAUGCUUUAGUUUACCUGAAGUUGUGGGUCUGGUUGUGGGUUUCUUUGUAACGCAUUUCUCACAGUGCUGCAAACUGGUGUUGCAUUUCUACACUUACUAACUCUGCAUUUGGUUUAGAAAAUAAUCCGAGUAGUGACAUGUUCUGUUUUAUUCCCAAACCUGUACUUUGCUACUAAUCCUUGCUUUCUUCAGAGAAGCAUUCGAUUCAUUCACACCAAGCAGUGCCUUAUAAAGCUGUAAAAUGGUGCUUUUAAUGAGUUUCUGAAACAAUUUCUACGGUUAAAAUGCAAGAAGGAUACAUCACAAACAUUAAUUUUUGGGAAAUUUUUGCUUUGAGAAGUGUGCAAAAGUUCUGAGCCAAUCCUGAUUUUUCUUUAUGUUUUGCUUUGCACAGUGGAUACUUUACAGCAAUUUUGUAAACCUGGUUCAUACCUUUGCAGUAAAAUCUAAAAGAAAAAAAAUAUAGUUACAAGGUAAACAAUAAAACCCGUUAUGUUUGGUUGGCUGGUUACAACUAUUAUAUUGUGUGUGUGCAGUAGGUUUUUUUUCUAUUAUUUGAGUUCAAAAUGAGCCUGUGUUUUGUCAUGUCAAUAUUUGUUUGCAUGUUUCUAAGUUGAUACUUUUUGAUGUAAUCAGAAGAAAACAUGCUCCUAGGAAUGAUGUCCUAUAAAAAAAUAUUCACCCAUACCCUUUGAAUUGCUUUUCAUUGAUUCUUGAGAAGUAGGACAAAGUGGGUUUAAAUUUUCCCAUUUUUUUUAUUUUUAUUUUUUUUAUUAUUCCUCAAGCUAUGUGUACAAAUAUGACAAAUAAUGUUUUGGAAAUGUAAAGAUGUCCAAGGUGCAGGCUCCCAGUUCCAAAUUUCUUUUUGUAAAUUAAAUUUUUAAUGGACCUGACCCAGAAUUUUGUCAUCCAUCGCCAUCUGACAAAAAUACUAUAGAAAAAUAGUUUUAAUGACCCUAUUAGUGAUAUUUUUACUCAGUUUUACAGAUAAAUGCUUCUCAAAAAAACAAAAGAAAUAUUAUGUGAGACAAAAAACAACAUAAAGUCCAACUGAAGGAGUUGGCAGAACUGAAGGUGAUGACAAACUAGUGAGUAAAAAGAAAUUUAUGUAAUUUAUGUAAAAUACAUUAAAAGGAAUUAACUGCACAUUUACGUGAGAUCUGUCAACACUGUCCCCGAAAGAGUCUCACUGUCAGUUGAAACCUCUGACGGAGUUGACAAAAUGCCAAACUACCUCAAUGUAUGUGAUGUUAUACUGGAGGAGGCCAUCAGGUCCAUGAAAUAUUUACAGCAUCCUAAAAUUAAGCAUUUAUUUCACAAAAUUUCAUCAAAGUUUUGUAAAUUGUCAGUUAUGGUGUUGACGCAAAAAUGGUUGUGACAAAGAACUUAAGAAUAAAACUGAAGAAAAAACUAAAGAAUAACAUAAACUGACCAGUGCUGCUUUGCCCUCUGAGCAAAGGAAGAGAAAGGAAGAGGUCAUGGGGUCCUCAGGAGUUCUGAUGCCCCCCAAUAAUGCCUGAUUUCUUUUUUUUUUUUUUACAAUCUUUUUAUGUCUGACAGUGUUGACAAAAACUUGAGACAAAUUUUAGUGGAGUUGGAAAACAUAAAAAUGAUUUUUAAUUCAAUUUAUUGAUACUUUUAUAAUUAUUUAUUUGAAUACUUAUUCUUGAUUGUCAUAAAAUAUAAUCUUAGUAUUCUUUUAAUUGUUUUCAACGAUUGAGUUCUGCUCCAGGACAAGGGAUUUUACAGACCCCAUCCAUCUACUACAAUAUUUAAAAUAAAAAAACAUUCAGCAAACACCAGGAAAACAUACAUUGAUAGUUUAGUCAGAUAUUUGAUAAAAAAUGAACUUUUUCAAAUUUUGGUCUUUAUCUAUAGGACCUGUUUUGUCCCUCUUCUCAAGAAUCACUGUUUUGCAAAUCAAACAUGAUAAAAAAAUGUUUGAUUUUCAAAAGAAAGACAUACAAAAAAACAAAACAAUUUAAUGUCAAAUUGAAAACUAAUUCUUACAAAAGAAUUAAUAUAAUAAAUAUAUGUAGGAUAAAACAAGUGGUUCCAUAAAUAUUUACUCCCUUUAACAUGACUGACCUAAUUCAACAGAUGGGAGCGACUCUGCCAACAACAGUUGCUGCCCGGGUUCUUCGUCAGUCAGAGUUUUGAGGGAGAGUGGCAAUGAGAAAACCACUUUGGAAGAAAAAGCCCAUCAAGGCUCAACUAGACUCCAUAAUCAAGUGGAAGAACGUGCUUUGGUCUUUUUGGUCAUCAGACAAGAUUUAAGGUGGUGAAUAAUCAUGACAUUUUUUAAUCUAAUCAUCAUUAUUUUGUAUAAGUAAAUUUUCAAUUUGACAUUAACGGCCUUAAUUGUAACGAGAUGUUGCCAAAGAGCAACAUUUUGUUGAUCAUGAGUGAUUUGUGAAAGCACUAGAAAUGGUGAAGCAUCCAAUACUUUUCAUGGGUACAUGCACAUGUAUGUACAUACACACAACAGAUCAGCUGACCCAGUUGCAGCUGACCUGGUACUUCUGCCUUUGGACCCUGAAAGGCAGAAGUUGCAGAUAAGCUGAAAUAUCACCCAGGUGAGUAAUGGAGUUUGUUAGACGUGUUCUGUUUCUCGUACUCACGUUGUUAAAAUAUCUGUGUGUCUGAUUUUAAAGUCUGUCGAGCCACCAUUGAGAAAACAGUGAGAUACACUAGAGUGUCUUAGUGACUGUUUUGUGUGAUAUAAACUGCACUACAACCUUGUCCCAGCCCUGAUGAUGUGCUGAUUUUGUUUGUUUGUUUUUUAUACUGAUUUAUGCUUGAAAGCUAUUGGAAGAUUUCUACCAAACUUUCUUUUAACAGCAGUUUUCUUUUUCAUGACAAGAUCAUAGAUGUUAAAAGCUUUUAAUGAGUUUCAAUUGAUUUCUGUACUCUUAAGAUGUGAGAAAAUGACUUUUUCAGUAAUAGCAUUGUUUUUAUUGCUUUCACAAACUGUUGAAUAUCAAAUCUUUUGUCUGUAAUGUUAUCGUUUUUAGGCAAACUCUUCUGAAUAAAAGGUUCUCUUUCA